CUCCUUACUUGGCGUCGUGUGUAUGUGUGUGUUCGCUUCGUGUUCGUGCGCGUCCACGUUGUUCCGAUCUUCCAGCUGCUUGCAGUCAACACAUCUCUCGCUUGAAAAAAAGGCAGCCGGUGCGGGGCACGCAUAUCCUCCCUUCUUCUCUCUGGCUGUGGCGGCGGCGGCAGCAGCAGCCUUAUAUAUUUGUCCCGUCAAAAUGAGUCGGGAUGUGAUGGAGUGCUGUCCUGUCAUCGCUAGCUAGGCGGACAAAUUCCUUCAACCAAGCCUGCUGCUGAGUCAAUCACUGCGGGUUAGCACAUUAGCUUUAGCCGAGGCGUUGCUUGACUGAGCGAGCUAACGGGGUAGCUAGCAGCGCAGCUCUUGUAGUUAACGUUUGCUCCUGUUCGUGAGCGGACGCAUCGCUGCGGCGUGGUUAGCGCAAUAACGGUUAAUGUUAGCUUCUAAGCGAGGACUGCUACUUUUAAUUUCUACCGCAAACUAGCUCGCUAGCGUUGGAGACGCAGGUUUGGAUGUCGCGACACUGCAGUUUUCAACCACUUUUGGCGGAUGGUAAUGACAGAAUUUGGAGCACAGUGACAGGAGGGCAGAUAGAAUUUAAACCCAAAAGUGCCGAUAUAGCGGGGGUUAAUGAGAUAAUCCAAGUGCUAUUAUUAUUUAGUUGCUAAUCUGUGCUAGCUGCAGUAAUUUUUAAUAUUAGCUGCAAUAAGAGCAAAGCAUCUUCGGGGAGGCCCCAUCGUCUCCUGGUUCCUCUCGCCUUCCCGAAACGCUUGUGAUUUGCAGAGAACACAACCGGGAGAUAGUCACAGCCGUUCUAGGCUGGGGGGCAACUUGACAGCGAGGCCCCUAGCUUUUAGUCUCCCCUCCCCCCCACGCCCCGGUCCCGUCCAUCCAUCCAUCCGUCCUGCCUUACAGACCGCCUCUUCCUCCUCGCUUGAGACAUAAGCGAGGACCGAGGAUUUUGGGAUUGAUCUGAGACCGUGAGCAAGUGGUUGGUCGGGUCCCGUCAAAACCAGAGGGGAUGACUCUGGAGUCCAUGAUGGCUUGCUGCCUGAGCGAAGAGGCGAAGGAGUCGAAACGAAUCAAUGCAGAAAUUGACAAACAACUCCGCCGAGACAAGCGAGACUCCAGGAGAGAGCUAAAAUUACUUCUUCUCGGUACGGGGGAAAGUGGCAAGAGCACCUUCAUCAAGCAAAUGAGGAUCAUCCAUGGAGCAGGAUAUUCAGACGAAGAUAAGAGAGGUUUCAUCCGACUUGUUUACCAAAACAUCUUCACCUCCAUGCAGGCUAUGAUCCGAGCCACUGAGACCCUCAAGAUCCCAUAUAAAUAUGAACAGAAUAGGUCUAAUGCCAUGCUUGUGAAGGACGUGGACAUUGAGAAGAUCUCUAAUUUUGACCAGUCCUACGUUGUAGCUAUCAAGACCCUUUGGGCCGACCCGGGGAUCCUAGAGGCCUACGACCGCCGCAGAGAAUACCAGCUGUCUGACUCCACUAAAUAUUACCUUAGCAAUAUAGAUCGUGUGACUGCGGAGGGAUAUGUUCCCACCCAGCAGGAUGUGCUGAGGGUCCGUGUUCCCACAACGGGUAUAAUAGAAUACCCUUUUGACCUGGAGAACGUCAUUUUCAGUUAUCUUUCCGAUCUGGAUCGUAUUGCUGAUCCCAGCUAUCUUCCCACGCAGCAAGACGUGCUCAGGGUGCGCAUCCCCACCACAGGAAUCAUAGAGUACCCCUUCGACUUGCAGAGCAUCAUUUUCAGGAUGGUGGACGUGGGCGGUCAGAGGUCGGAGAGAAGAAAGUGGAUCCACUGUUUUGAGAACGUCACCUCCAUCAUGUUCCUCGUGGCACUGAGCGAGUACGACCAAGUCCUGGUGGAGUCCGACAACGAGAACCGCAUGGAGGAGAGUAAAGCUCUGUUCAGGACUAUCAUUACCUACCCGUGGUUUCAGAACUCCUCCGUCAUCCUCUUCCUCAAUAAGAAGGACCUGCUGGAGGAGAAGAUCUCCUACUCGCACUUGGUGGAUUAUUUUCCUGAGUUUGAUGGUCCCCAGAGAGAUGCGCAGGCAGCCCGCGAGUUCAUCCUCAAGAUGUUUGUGGACUUAAACCCCGACAGCGACAAGAUCAUCUACUCUCACUUCACCUGUGCCACGGACACUGAGAACAUCCGCUUUGUGUUUGCAGCUGUCAAAGACACCAUCCUACAGCUCAACCUCAAAGAGUACAACCUGGUGUGAGAGCUCCUGUACCACACGCAUCUCCUCCUUCCCCAUUGCACAAAUGCACACACCCCCCUCCCCCCCGUUUGGAAGUGUGCGCUCAGCUCCACUUGUGUUACACACUACACCAUGCCUGCACACACAAACACAUACAUGUAUACACCCCAACAGAGCCCUUCCUUCCCCCCUUCCCCCAAGUUCCAUACAUUCACAUAAUCCUCCUACCUGCAAAUGCCACCCAUGCUCUUUCACCAAAGCUCGCCCUCUUCUUCUUCACUUGGCAGCUUGUUGUGUCAGAAUCCUUUUUCUCCUUGCGAAGCUGCUCCGUGUGUCAGAUUUGGCCGCGGCUGCUGGCUCUGGCACACAAACCUUUACAUGGGCUGUACAGUGACUGAAGGGGACUUGGGUCUUUGUGCGUCUGUGUGUCUGUGUGUGUAUUUGGGCAUCGACUUGAAGGAGCUAUGUUUUGGUGAAUAGCGGCAUCGAACCCCUUUGGCCCCGCGGAGUCGACCCCUCACGGGUGUGAGAUCAGAUCCUCCGUCGUCUCCUUUUAUGAGCUCGUGCUGGUGCGGAGGGGACGUGCACACCGUAUCUCCUGUAAACACCCAGGGACCUUUGGCUGCAUGCUAAAGAUGAAGAUACUUCAGAGCGACUCGGGAGAGGAUGUGAGGUUGCACGCACGACACAAGGGGGGGGAUGGGGCUGAGGAUUCUGUCUCCACCUCGUGUCUAUGAAUGUACCCCACCAGUAUGAGCAUUGCAAUUGCAAAAAAAAAAUAUAUAUAUAUUAUUUAGUCAAUGCAUAUAUAAACACACUUAAGGAAAAAAAGCACGAGGGGGCAAGACACGGCUAAUAAAAAAAAAAAAAUCUCAUUUCGGAGGUUUUUACGAUGUUUUUAACAUUAGAAAUGUGUUGCCAAGUCCAUUAAACUAAUAGCGACUAAAAGGAGAGGUGAUAGAAAAUUGUGAGAAAAUCUUAAAAUAUACAUCUUAAAAAGAAACGACCACAAAUUGACUUGACGUAAGGAUCAUUUUAAGAUUUCUGUGUUUUCAUGUUUAGGUUAAUCACAUGGCUUCCCUCCUCCGAAUGUUAUCUGUAUGGAUUCACGGGGGCAAUCUUCCAUGUGACCCUCGCAUCCGCACUGAUGACAAAUCCACGCGCUCAUUUCAGAAACACUAGUGGAAAGAGGACUCUUGCUUUCAACGCAGGCUCCUCUCUGAUUGGUGGAAGUGCGUUGUAGACGGGAGUGUGAUGUCAUCAUUGUACAUUGUAGCCCACAGAGCACAGUCUGCCGCUCGGGGCUGCAAGCAGCUUAAGCCCAAUUCACACUACAAGAUUUUCAGCCCCGCUAGUUUGCUCGCCGACGAGUUUUAGCCAGUCGCGGCAAGAAUCGGCUCGUGAGCCUCAGUCGUCAGGUCUGAAAUAAUCAAAGACACAACCCUCAUAAAACCACCGGUCCCCUCCCAUCACACUCCAGAAUGCUGAAAAUUUGACCAGAGCUGGAACUGGAGCAGAUGGGGAUCAGGCAGUGGUUUAUCAGAGAGAAUAAGUAAAAAAAAAGCCACUCACUCAAUCACUAUUUUUUUUUUGGUCAUCACUUAGUCACUUAUUGAACAUUUUUUGACAAUACUACAGCCAUAAAAUCAAAAAAAAAUCCAGGUAGGCCUAAAUAUCGUCGAUGGUUAGUUGACAUGUUCUAUUUAAGAAGAGCUGAAACUAUGUUAAGUGGAAAGUAGAAGCUUAUUUUCCCCGUAGACUUCCAUUCAAACGGAGUUCUUUGUGCAGCCAGCGAGUCACCUCUCGUUGGUCUAACUGCUACUCCUGUUUGUUCUACUUUCUGGGCUGUAAUAUCCAAACCAGAAGACUGUGUUCAUUUUUUUAUAUACAGCCUAUGAGGUGCUCAUCUGACCCACUGAAGCAACUCCCGGUCAUAACACGGCCUUUGGAGGCUUUGUACCUAAGGCACCGAACAAAAGAUUUGAGUAUGUGGCUUUUUUUGUUUUGGCCAAGCACCAUACGAUAAAUAAAGCCUGGUUUCCAACGUCGUUGCACGCAUGUGUUUUUGUGACGAGACCUCAGUCGGCGACGCGUGACUCGUGACACUUUAAGGACCAAACGACGAGUAACCGCUCGAUGCGUAGGCGAUCCUCCCAACUCUGAAAGUCGUGUAGUGUGUACUUGGCUUGAUUUGAGUAACAUCUCUGGUGACAUCACACCUGUGUCACCCAGCCGUCCAAUCAGACACACUUCCUGAUGGUGACAUCAUCAGCCAUUAUAUCAGAGUGUGUUUCUGUUCAUUUCUUUUUUCUUUUAACUGUAUAGUCACUUUGUUUAUAAAAAACAUUUGCUUGCUGUGGAGUGGUGAGAGAGGAAGUGGGUGGGGCUACUAACCUUUCACAGAAAACACACUCUGACGUCGGCUAAUGUUUGUGUAUAUUUGUUUGUAAAUACAUAUAUACAAAAACACUCCUGUACAAAAUGCUCUGUGGUACCACCAUCUUUGGCAAGAAAAAAGACAAACGGAAAAAAAAUAUCCUAUAAACUUCUUUCUUUAGCACAGUUUUUUUCCUAUGGAUUUAUGGUAGUAUUGAUACUGUGAUUAUUGAUUUUCGUUCACUUAAUAGGACAUCGCAGAGCAGAGUGGUGCUGAGGAAACGCUGGGCAGAGACAAGAGGUUCCUCCUAACCCGCCUCACAACUCGACACUACUGCAACAGCUCUGCCUCCACAGUCGUAAUAACUAGGGCUGGUAGAAAAAAAAAAAAAAAAAUCUUCACAGUAUGGUGACAAAAUGAUUUUAAGAGUAAUUAAAGACAUUUUUUUUUAUUUAUCUAAUUUAUGGACCAGGUUUGAAGGUGUUGUUAAUUUGACUGCUUUUUGAUUCUGUCAUGUUGAAGUGCUCCUUUUGUCUCACGGUGGAGCCUAACUUGAGUCUGAACUGCUGUAAAAAAAAAAAACAAACAAACAAAAAAAACAACAAAAACAAACAAACAAAAAAAAACUCGAAUGUCUGGUAUAGUAAGGACUUUAUCUCUGCUUUCUAUUUCUUAUCGAGACAUUUCCAGUUGUACUUGCCAUCACUUCUCCAUCCAUUUAUAUUAACGCCGUUCGCUUUCUUUAGAAGCCCUCACGUUUUGUUUUAUGUUUUUAGAAAAAUGACGCGACAAAAGGCAAGAAAAUCAUAUUUCCUCUGUUUAUAGAUGCAGCGCUGUAAUGCAUAUCUAGGAAAAUGUACAGUACGAACGUAGGUGGACUAUUUUUUAUCAGUGAUUGAAGACCUUUGCGGUCCAUGCUUGCUAUUUGUAAUUUAACACACACACACAAAAAAAUCUGUUGUCUGUUUUUUGCAAUGUUAAUUUCCAGUUUUUUGAGGCUUGCUUUGAUAGUGCCAGUGAAGUGCAGAUACUUUUUUUUUUUAUUUGGGUCUUUGACCUUUUCUACAGGUGACUUAUCUUUCAUCCUCAUUAAGGGCUAUCACAGUGCGUCAGGCGUCAGGCAGUGGGGAGUGGACUACGGGGGCCGCGGUGAACCCAGUCAUCCACUUCUUCAUUCAUUGAGAUUACCCACACACACACACACACACACAGUAUGUGCUCUAAGACAUUUCAGCGCAGUGUUAACUCAAACACUAAGUGUGUUUUUGAGAGUUUACCAACACUUAGCAUGUAUUUCUUUAUAUAUCUGACCCUUCUGUGAUUUAGGUGGUACCUGUUGCACCUUUUAGAAACACAAAUGACGUGAGACACUACUACCAGGACGAGUAUUGCAGCCCCCCCCCCCAAGAAAAAGUAUUUCAGUUGUACCUCAUAGCCAAGAAAUCUUAAUGGCCAUUCUGGUGUGUUCUGUACAUUUGAACCCAUUUACUGCAAAUGUAACACUACUUUUUACCCAUUUUUUUUGUUUAUACAUUGAUUUACAAUGUGUGUAAGCAUGUUCUGUUUGUUUAUCUCGACUCCGACAUCCUGAAAUCUAGAAAAAAACGCAACCAUCACAGUUCUGUGCAAAAGUCCACCAUUGGAUUUGUUGUUUUAGCACUACGUUAAUGACCGUACAAUAUAAUUAUCACUUAAAAAAGAAAAACAAGGUGUUUAGUGUGACCUACCCUUCUACUUGAACAGUGGUACGACCCUGGCUCCGUUAAACCUGCAGUGCAACCCUAAUUUGACUUUACUGGGCAAAUACCUGCUUAUUUCGAGACAUUCUUGAGCGUCACAUCCACAUGUAUGAGUUCAACUCAUUGACAGCUUGUUAGUCAAGAACAACUUUCAGCCACAUCAUUCCAACCCAAAUGCCAGUGAAAAACAACAAAGCUGGUGCCGCCCCUGGGACUUUGGCACAGUACUGUACAUGUAGUGUAGGGAUUUUUACAAAUGCACCAAGUACUUGUCUUCAGAACGGAGGCACAGAAAAGAAAUCUCAAAUGUACUCAUUCCUUGCAGUGACACGAUAUCCGUGAUCUCUCUAACUUCAAAAAGCUGCUUUAUUCAGUGUGGCACCGCGUCUGAGUCAUAAUUAGAGAACACUACCACGUAUACUGACGAAAAUGUUGAUUGUUUAUUAGUGCUAUUGUUGACCUGGUCACCUUCCGGAUCAGAUGGAACUAAUCUGGAGGAUUUGUUUGGUGUAGCUUACAUGCCAGAGUAACUUUGACUGAACUCUUAACUGCAUCCCGCCCCCGAAACUUGAAGAAAAUGUAACCACUCUCUUGUCACCCGUCGAUUAUUCCUCGCAGUCUCGUCUGACCAAAAGCUGUAGGAAAGAUAAAGCAAAUCGUCCUUAUAAAACACUCGAAUAGUCACGUUAGUUGUGGUCCUGAACUGCCAUUAUUUGUCUGCUGUAAAAAUGACACUAACCGUGUCCAGAGUAAGCGGACCGCAAACCUUUUAGACUGGAUGCCAGUAUUUCAACGGAAUGAUUCAAACCAGUAUGACUACGCAAGUAUUUAUCAAGGGGUUGUGUUAAAGAUUUACUAUGUGUGUUAAGUGCAGCUUACGAACCGAUGGUGUAUUUUGAAAUUUGACACUACAACUCUGGCACAUGAUGAUGAUGAUGAUGAUGAUGAUGAAGGGCUGACUGGCUUUUUCAGUAUGUUUUUUUUGUCUCUCUCUUUGCCAUACAUGAGCUGGAAAGAGUUGGAAGGGACACCUAAGUCUCCCUUGAGUCCCGUCUUGAGCGUCGACCAAUGAAAAGACCGGACGUUUACGAUUCUCUUUUAUUUAUUGCCUUGGAAAAAAAACAUGACAGAUGAAGUCUGCUUUGGUUUCAAACUUGUACUUUGUGACCUUUCAGUGAUGAAAUCAAAUGUAUUCAAACAACUAAGCUUGUGCAUAGCCAUUUUUGUGUUGUUUUUCUUUUCUUUUUUUUUCAUGUAUAAGACAUUACCAGAACACUAUUAUUUAGGACCACGUGAUUUAUUUUUCCCUCACUCCAAUGAAACCUGAAGGUCAGUUGUGUAGUGGUGUGUAAAAUACUGUUUGCCCCCCCCCCCCCCCCCUCAUUUUCUAUGUAAACCUAAUGUAAAUGAUGUAUUAUACUGAGUGUGCCAACCCCACUCUUAUCUGGAGCCAGGCUCUCUUUUAAGUGCCAACACGUGGUCGUCAUCAGAAGGACCAACCGCUCGAGAUGGUCCCCACUUUUAAAAUAAAAUAAAAAACCCAUACAGACCAGAGAGUAGAAGGAUAGAUGAUUAAGUACACAAAUACUUUAUUCUGUAUUUAAGAUUGAAGAGUUAAAAGAUAAUCUGCAGUUUGUUUGUUUUUUCUUUCUAAUUUUUUUUUUUUUUUUAAAGAAACUAAGUAUAAUUGCAUGUGCUGUUCAUUUCAUGUUGGAAGUGAGGGCUCGGAUGUUUUCAUUGAAGCAGAGCCCUUGAUAAAGGCGAGGGGGGUUCAAUCAGUUGGUUAAUAUCGAUUAUUGAUUUACAUAACUUGCCAUAUUUUUUUUCUUUUUUUUUUUUUAACGUGUUUCAUGUCUUUGUUUCAACCACUGUUGCCUGAUCCUCAUUCAAACAUGAACAUGACUUAUGAUCAUUAUCGCCUUCUAAGAGAGAAACAUAAUGAAAAAGGUAUCUGUUUUAAAUUUAAAUAAAUUUGUUCCUAUACUUGC